AUGAAUGCAUUGGCAGCAACCAGCAGGAACUUCAAGCAGGCAGCUAAGCUGCUGGGCCUCGACUCCAAGCUGGAGAAGAGCUUGCUCAUUCCAUUCAGGGAGAUCAAGGUUGAAUGCACAAUCCCAAAAGAUGAUGGGACUUUGGCAUCCUAUGUUGGAUUUAGGGUUCAACAUGACAACGCUAGGGGACCUAUGAAGGGCGGAAUCAGAUACCACCAUGAGGUUGACCCUGAUGAAGUCAAUGCCUUGGCACAACUGAUGACAUGGAAAACAGCAGUGGCUAACAUACCAUAUGGAGGAGCUAAAGGUGGAAUAGGAUGUAGCCCUGGAGACCUGAGCAUCUCCGAGCUUGAGAGGCUUACCCGAGUUUUUACUCAGAAAAUCCAUGACUUAAUUGGCAUCCAUACUGACAUUCCAGCUCCAGAUAUGGGCACCAACUCACAGACAAUGGCAUGGAUACUUGAUGAAUACUCGAAGUUCCAUGGUUACUCACCAGCUGUUGUGACAGGAAAGCCUGUUGACCUUGGAGGAUCGUUGGGAAGAGAUGCAGCUACUGGAAGGGGAGUUCUGUUUGCUACUGAAGCUUUGCUUGCAGAGCAUGACAAAGGCAUUGCAGGCCAGCGUUUCAUCAUACAGGGAUUCGGUAACGUUGGUUCCUGGGCAGCUCAGCUGAUCAAUGAAGCCGGUGGCAAGGUGAUUGCUAUCAGUGAUGUCACGGGCGCUGUCAAAAACGUCAAUGGCCUUGACAUUGCCCAGCUAGUGAAGCACUCGGCGGAGAACAGAGGGAUCAAGGGCUUCAAUGGGGGAGAUGCCAUCGAUCCAAACUCAUUGCUCACUGAAGAGUGCGACGUCCUCAUCCCAGCAGCGCUUGGGGGAAUCCUGUCAAAGAAAGGCGUCCUCAUCCUCCCCGACAUACUCGCCAACUCUGGGCGCGUCACAGUGAGCUACUUCGAGUGGGUUCAGAAUAUCCAGGGGUUCAUGUGGGACGAGGAGAAGGUGAACGCGGAGCUCCGGACGUACAUGACGCGCGCCUUCGGGGACGUGAAGGAGAUGUGCCGGAGCCACAACUGUGACCUCCGCAUGGGCGCCUUCACGCUGGGCGUCAACCGCGUCGCGCGCGCCACCGUCCUCAGGGGAUGGGAAGCAUGA